UUUGAUGCUUUUUUGCUCUUUCUCUCUAUCCCUCUCUCUCGGGAGGAAACGGACACUGAGGGGGUUUGAUCUGCGGUUCCUGACGAUCUUCCAAGACUUCCUCCCUUCCACCGAUUCCGCGCGCAUCGUCCCGAUUUGAUCCCGCGACCUCCCCUCAAGACAAAAGAGCGCCAAGAUCCAUCUCUCCCGCGCAAUCCUUCUUCUCCUCAACGUUCAAAAGGGCUUUGAUCUGCCGCCCACUCCUACGCAGCUCGUUGCCGGCAUCCAGCCGUUGCUGCAUCGCCUGAACUGCCAGGAUUCCGGCGAAGCACGCGUAUCUCCGUCGUCGUACGGUCUCUGCUCACUGUUUCGGCAUGCAUACGUCUUGCCGUCCUUCUGAUUGACAAUCAAAGCGGUCUAUUGCUUCCGGCGAGAGAUCCACUUCAGAUCUCUUGCCGUGGAUCGGUGCUCGCGGUUGAAAAGAGAGCAAUGGGGUCGCGUUUCGAUGCGACGUAUCUCUCCGCGUCCCCGUGCUACCCUAACGCCAUUGCCUGGUCCGAAGAGAACUUGCUUGCUGUUGGGUCUGGCCAUGUCGUGACUGUUCUGAAUCCGUCUUCGCUUUCUGGACCGCGAGGUUGGAUCACGCUUCGCAGUAGGCCGCCGGUUCAGAUAGGAGUAGUGAAGAGGCAAGAUCUUUUGGCUCCAUGUUUGUUGCCGACAUGCUUGACUCGCGAUACACGUCCAUGUGUUCGAUCCAUGUCUUGGUCGCAUCAAGGACUAGCUCCUAAUUCAGGAUGCUUGCUUGCUGUUUGCACCAUUGAUGGCAACGUGAAACUUUAUCGUGCACCAUUUUGUGAUUUCCGUGCCGAGUGGGUAGAUGUUCUGGACAUAUCUGACAAAUUGUAUGGUUAUUAUCUCAGUGUCAAUUUUGAGGAGAUUUUGAAUGGAUCCACAGGGCAUUUUCACAAAAUUGGAGGACAGUAUCAGACAAUUUUGUCUACGAGUGCUGUUCAAGACAGGGGGUUCAGUCUUCAGGCAACUAAGAAGGCAUGUGUAAAAGAGGACCUCAGACGUGUUUCUAGGGACUCAAAAAAUCGUAUGGAUGAGAAUCAUGAUGACAACAGCGACGAGGAUGAUGAUGAUGAUGACAGUGACGAUGAUGAUGAUGAUGGCGAUGCCAACAACGCAGAGAACUGUGUGCAACCUUCAGAAAAUUCUACCACUAUCUCCACAGAGCUGGCACUGAUUCCAUGCAUGUUCUCUGAAGGCACCUCAGUUGAGGUUCUUAAACAUGAGUCUUCUCAAAGGUUCUGGAUUAAUGGAAAAAUUGUGCGCAUUAGUGAGGGAAAAGCAUUUGUCCACUUUGCUGAAGCUAUUGAAGAGCAACAUGAUGGGUGGUUUUCAUUGAAAUUUGGACCUGAUAAAGGAAAAGAGGCUGCUUCAUCUUUUAACAUGCGCCCAACACUUGAUUUAGGCAGGCUGCCAAAUGAAAUAUAUUUGGUAGAACAUAGCAAAGAGGUGAUGGAGGUCCUUGUGAAAGGGCAACUUGUGGAAGCUUGGGUUGAUAACAGAUGGAUAGAAGGUGCAUUUUUGGGAACUAGUGAUGCUCAGCUGUUAAUAGAUUUACAUGGUGAUUAUGGCCGCUUUAUUUUAAGUCCUGAAAAUGUUCGCCUCAUGCCUAUAUGGAUUCCUGAUGAGAACUCAUGGCAAAUUACUGUGGUGAAGCUGAGGAAGAUGACAACAAGUUUGCAUGAUGUUCCUGAUGUCAAAUGUGCCACUGGCACGGGAAGGAACAUAAAUCAAGAUAAGCGCAAGGAAAGUUCAAGGAAGAGACAUGAAGAAAAUGCAUUUCCAACUUCCUUAUCUGCAGAGGAGUACGUCUUUCGUAGCAACCUGUUAUCGUCACUUGUUGUUUCAUGGUCGCCUAUGCUGCAUUUGUCAACUAAUCUGGGUGCUGUUGCUAUAAGUGGCUUCUCCAAGACAUGUGCUUUACUUGCAGUUGGUGGGAAAUGUGGAAAAAUUUCCUUUUGGAGAUUCAAUGAACCAAACUCUUACACUGUUGAUCAGUGCCCAGUCUCUGUUGAUGCGACGCUUGUUGGGAUCCUCCAAGCUCACACUUCUUGGGUUACUGCAAUAAGCUGGGUUGUUCUAGAGUCUGCACCAAAGUUUCUCUUAGCUACUGGGAGCUGUGAUGGGUGUGUGAAGUUAUGGCUAGGAGAUAUUGAAGGAAUGGUCACACCUAAGGAAGUGAAUGAUGAUUGUGUUUGUCUUUUGAGAGAGGUGAUAGUUGCAGCUGGCCCUGUCUCUGUGCUUUCAUGUGUUGCACCUUCAAAGUCUCCCAACGAAAUUCUUUUGGCAGUGGGAAAAGGAUCUGGCUUAUUAGAGGUGUUGAGCUGUGAUAUAUCAAGUGGUGAAAUUAAAUUUAAUAGGCAAUUUAAUGCGCAUGAUCAAGUGGUCACUGGCGUUGCUUGGGCUUUUGAUGGUCAUUGCUUGUACAGCUGCAGUCAGGACAACUCCGUUCAUUGCUGGAUAUUGCAAGCUGACACUCUUUGUCUGGUUCACUUCCCUCUAAACUCUCCUAGUCUUGCUUAUGAUAGUAAGAGGACGUCUAGUGAGAUACCACGGCAUAUAUUUGAUUCCUGUUACGGUCUGGCAUUAUCCCCUGGAAACUUGGUUCUUGGUGUGGUUCACAGUGUUGACACUGCCCUUGUUGAUCCUAUGUAUGAAUCAAGGGCCCAGAGAGCGGCUGUGGAAUUGAUCUGGACUGGUGGUAUGAUCAGUGUUUCUCUGGACAAUCUGCCUGAUGAAUAUGUUGAUGCUGUUCCUGGUUUCUCUGACAAGGACCUGGUUUGCUGGCAAUCCAGCAUCUUGUGGACCCUUGAGCAGUAUGCUUGUCCAGCAAAGCCUCUUAUCCUUUGGGAUAUAAUGGAAGCACUCCUAGCUUUUAAUCAAGUUUCACCAAAUUAUGUUGAGACUAUUCUUUAUAACUGGUUCUUAAGCUGGUGGCCUGACCCAGAUUCCUUGGUUUCUCUUGAAUCAAUGUUGUCUUCCGCACCUAAUUUGCUACACAUAAUUGAUUCCAGGCACAUGCACAUGAUCAAUAUUGUCUGUAGACGACUGGUGCUGCCUGAAAUGAAGAGUGUGGCAUACAGCAGUAAACAUGAACUGCAGUCUGUUGACGUUGAGGCAGUUAAACUGUGGUCGAACCUACUUCUACAUAGUGAAGCUGAAUUACAGAGGCGGCUUGUUGGUUUAACUUUUUCCGCUGUACUAUACCUUGCUUCUGGUACUGCCAGCGCACUUCCUCUAGAUAGGCCAUGUUGGUUUCCAACAGGAGUUGCACAAAUGCAGCAGUGGGUAGUUAUGAACAAUAACUUGAUCCCUGAUGACCUUAAACUCCUCAAAUUGGAGGUUGAUAAGAUUCAGAAAAGGCUUUUUUCUGUAUGUGAAUAUGUUCCAGAAGAAUGGUGUAGCUUUUGUCCUUCACUAGUACCAUUUGAAUCUCCAGAGGUGGCGUAUUGUGAUGGUACUGGAUGCAACUAUGUAGGUGGAGAAAAGCACAAACUUCUGCGAUGUGCAGCUUCCAUGCAGGUUUGUGAUGCUAGCCCGUCAUGGUUUUGCAUGUGCUGCCAAAGAUAUGUCUACAAACUCGCACCAAGUACGCUGUUUAUGGUACAUUCAUCACAAUAUUUUGGUCGUAUGACAGAGUCAACCUUUCUGCAGACAUAUUCAAUACCUUGCUGUCCUUUUUGUGGGAUACUUCUGCAGAGAUUACAGCCAGAAUUCCUUCUUUCUACAUGCUUAGUUUAAGUGUGUCUUGGCACUGAGCUCGAUUAAGUUGAUUUAUGUUUGGAUCCGAUUCAAUGUCUUCAAGCUAUGGUGUGCAAGAGUGCCGAUGUCAGUGUCUUCACUGAAGCUCUUGGUUCUUCUCACUUAAUAGGUGUAGUUAUCUUAUUGUGAGAACAACAUCGUUCAUCAAAUAUUCUGCCAUCUAAGUGAUCAUGAAUAAUCCUGGACAAGUAGGGGGAUGCUUCUCUCUGUGGGAAUACAUUUGGACAAUGUCAUCUGGCCUAAGCAAAUUGGUUCUUUUUAUUCUGCUAGAGAAAUCAAGCCAUAUUAAGGCUUCAGUUUUGAUGGUUACUUGUAUAAAUCUGGAAAACAGUUUAGAACCCCUACAUGCUUGCUUGGAAAAUUCAGAACUUAAGUGAACAAUGGCUUGAGUGUGAAGUUUCAUUUUGUGAUACUUCUGUGGCUGGCAGUUUUCAUCAUCCCAUGAUUCCAACUGGGAAUGUUCAAGUUUCAUGUAAGAAGGAUUAUUGCUGAAAAUUCUUUUUAGAAUUCUUGAGCAGCUACAUGACAGGAAUGCAGAUGCAGCUGAAGGAGUCGGUGACAGCUGAAAACUAUAUGAUAUUCAAUGCUUUUGAUUCAGGAACAACUGAGAUCACAUUUCUUAGUAUUCUCCAAUCUCCACUACCCAUCAGGUAUGUUAGCUGAAAAGAGUUGGCUUUAGGUCUUAGGUGAUUGACUAUCUCUUACUGGUUUUAUGGCAGCAAGCGAUCUUGUCAAAUGUGGUUAUGGUUAGAGGGCUUCUAGCAGAGAGAAAAGGAUUUACUUGGUAAGAAAAAUUGGUAGAUUCCAUAAAUAGAACAGCUUUUGAUGGAAUUGGAGCUUUGGAAGAGGCCCAUAUGGACUGUGAUGGUGGGGACCUUCAUGCACCCUGUGCAGCUUGCUGUUGGCUAGUCAAGCAAGAUAUGGUCAAAAGGUCGGCUUCAUAAUGCUGGGACUUGGGAGUAUGGGUGAAGAUGGGUCAUGUAGGGUGCAACCAAACUAAACUAAUUACCAUCAAACCCCCCCUGCCCUCUCAAAAACAAAAAGAAAAAAUAUCAGCACCACUCGUUGGUAAUGUAACACCGAGUUAUGAAAGGAGCUCCUUUUAUUCUAUGUGUCAAAAGAAGAGGUAUGGGCUUUGCAAGACAAGAUUCUUGAAGAGUUGAGUGCUGAUCAAAUUACUUGAUCCAAUGAGCGUCUAAUCCCUGAAUGAUGCCUGUUGAUGUGUGUUACAAUGGUGAGCAUAGCAGAAAGAUAGGCUUCCUGAUUGUGCUAUAAAUGAGGGCUGAGUGGUGAAUGUUUCAAAUGGCCCAAAGGAGGGAAGAUUGUGGUGAAAUGAACGGUUGCUGUGAAAGUAUGCUGUGCCAUCCAGGGCCUUCACAUGAAUCAGCAUCCCAUUCCUAUGCCAGUAAAUGUUCCAUCAUCAAUAUGCUUGAGAACUGAAAAUAUACAUUAGGUGUGCAAUCAAGAGUGAUCAUGAUCAUCUACAAGAAUCAUGCCCUUACUACUCGGGUUUGGCUUUAUGGAAUACUUUUCUCCAUCAGUUCCCUAUGGAGACGUAUCUUAAUCACCUUAACAGUGACUUCUACUGCAUAUCAUGCUUUGCUCUGAAAUACAAAAUCAACAGGUGAAAUCAAUGCCUGCCUUUUUUCACAUAUAAUGGAAGACAAUAAAUGAGUGGUCUGCGCAAGUUGUCCAACGGGAUCACAUUCUUAUUGUAGUUGCUUGCAUUUUGGUGGUCAAUGGAGCAUGUAGAUAUUCAUAGUUGCUUUUUGUUAUGGGUCUCGGUUGGGCCCUUACCCGCAACAAACUCUAUUUAAAUAUAGAUUGCCGUUCUUGUUCAUAAGUAGAGAUAUAAGGGGCAUCCUGGGCCCAUGCUUGUAACCAACCCUCACUUUUGGUGACAAUUGUAUAUUCUGUCUACAGGUGAAUUUGUUACACUCUGCAAGUUGCAGAAACUUAAAUUUUGUGUUGAUGAAUGAUGACAUGUGGUAGUGAUUUUGUU